AUGACGUUCUUUGUCUCGCCCAAGUCGUACUCGGUCCUGCUCAAGCACAAGGCCCUGAGCCACAAGCCUGCCUUCGAAGAAAUUGCCCAAAAGGCGCUAGACCAAAGUCGUGCAUUCGCUAGUUAUACCCAAGCUCUCGUGCCAGAAGUCCCUGCCGUGCACUACGGCAAACUCGUCCAUCCGCACUUGCAACAUUCGGCCGCCGUCGAGGUCCUAAUCAAAAAGACGCUGCUCCAGCAGCGCCGUGUCUUGAGCACGUUUCCAACCCAACGCAUGUCACUGUUGUCGUUUGUCCAGCAGUGCAUCUUUGAGUCUGGCACGCGUGUGCUCUUUGGCGAUACCGUUGUGGACCACAACCCGACAUUACGACAAGCCUUUCAAACGUUUGAUACGUCGUUUCCGUUAUUUGUGGCAGGUGUACCCUCACUGCUUCUUCCAUCGGCUUCGAAAGCACGACGCAGUCUUGUCCACGCCCUGGAUUCCAAUCCUGGUGCCGACGCUGCAACGAUCAUCCAAAAACGGACAGAGGCAGUGAAGACGACAUUUCCUACAAACGUUGUGGCCCCCCUGGACGCAGCAAAGGAAUCGUUGGCGCUGUUGUGGGCAGCGAAUGCGAAUUCAAUCCCGACGGCGUUUUGGUCGCUCUUUUAUCUACUCGACAACCCUGUCGCGUGGAGCACUGUGCGCGAUGAAGUUCGUGAGCACCUUGGGAAAAGCAUCGAUUGGACGGGCGACCAGUUGGGCAAAUGCGUCUUCCUCGCGAGCGCCGUGGACGAAGCGCUACGGUUGAGCGCAUCGUCGCUGAUGAUGCGUGUGGCGACGGAAGAUGUCAACUUAAACGUCGAGGGUUCCCACGUGCAUUUGGCCAAAGGAUCCAAGGUGAUGAUCUUCCCCAGCUUGGGCCAUUUUGACGACGCUAUCUUUCCGCAGCCCAGAACGUUCCAAUUCGAUCGCUUUGUACAAGCUACGAGCGCUCAACUUGAAGCGUUCAACCCGUUCGGGAUGGGUGUGACCAUGUGUCCUGGCCGCAACUUUGCGAAGAACCAAGUAAAACGUCAUCGUCUUGGCCACUCAAAUCUGAUCGAUCGCUUCGACAGGUCAAGAUGUUCGUGGCGCUCGUGAUGCUCGAGACAAAGCGCGUCGCUCUUGCACCGGGCUACGUCGAGCCAAAGCACGACCCCGCCAGACUCGGCUUGGGGAUACUCCCACCCACAGACAACGCGAUUCAAAUCGACUUGGAAACGUAGCGCCGAUCCUAAUACGAAUCCAUCUGCCUUCGCCACUGC